UAAGCAAUUCAUCACAGAACAUCCAUAAAAAAACUAAAAGCUAAGCCAAUAUCUCUCAACUCUCUUGCUCCAAGAACAUGAGGCUCCUCAUGAACCUCUACUAUGUUCUCCCUAUACUCUUUCUCACUUUUUUCUUCAUCUCCACACAUGCUGCCAUAUUCGACAUCAAAAACAACUGCCCCUACACAGUCUGGGCCGCCGCCUCGCCCGGCGGUGGCAGGCAGUUGGACUCCGGCAAUACAUGGACCAUCAACGUCAACCCGGGCACAAGCAGUGGCCGAAUAUGGGCCCGAACAGGCUGCAGCUUCGACGGGGCGGGGCGCGGUAGGUGCCAGACGGGCGACUGCGGCGGCAUCCUCGAGUGCCAAGGCUACGGCCAGGCUCCCAACACCCUGGCGGAGUUCACGCUGAACGGAUUCAGCAACUUGGACUACAUCGACAUCUCGGUCAUCGACGGGUUCAAUGUGCCGAUGGAGUUCAGCCCCACGUCUGGCGGGUGCAACCGCGUGAUCCGGUGCACCGCCGACAUCAUCGGACAGUGUCCCGCCGCGUUGAGGGUCGACGGUGGUUGCAAUGGCGCUUGUCCCGUCUUUAAGACCGACCAGUAUUGUUGUAAUUCUGGAAACUACUGUGGGCCCACAGAUUACUCUAGGUAUUUCAAGGAUCGGUGUCCUGAUGCUUAUAGCUACCCUAAGGAUGACGCCACCAGCUUAUUCACUUGUCCUUCUGGGGCCAACUAUAAGGUCGUGUUCUGCCCUUGAUCAAGUUAUAAUGCUUGCAUGGAAUCCUUUGCAUGCAGAUUGACUAUAUAUACUAAUAUCAUAUCAUAUAUAAAUAAAUGUACUCUCUCCUACCAGCUGAGAUAAACAUAUGCAAACAACGUACUACAAGAAAAAUGUAGUGCGCUAAUUACUGUAAUAAAAGA